CACCGAGGACCCACCGCCCGCGCCGUGCGGCCUGCGGCCCGGCUUCUGGGCAGCGCCCUCGGCGAAGCCGCCCUGGGCCAGGCCUCAGCCUCCUCGCCCGGGCUCCCCUCUGCGCCCGGACAGCACCAUUACCCGUCCGGACCCAGCCAGGCGCCCUGCCUUCCCCUCCAUAGCACGCAGCCGCGGCGCCACUCUUCGCCCCGUCGUCGAGGCAGGGGAGGUCUCUUCAGCCUCUGGCCAGGAACCUGCGCAGCGUCGGCGCCAAUAAGGGCACACCAGGUGUCUGGGCAGCUGCAGCCUGGGGGUGGGUUGACCACAGGUCAGCUCCCAAGGUCAUGCCUUUUCCACUGGGUGGUGCAGACGGUUAACACGCUCAGCUACUGACCAAAAGGUUGGCGGUUAGAGUCCACCCAGAGCCCCUUGGAAGAAAGGCCUGGCAAUCUGUUUCCCCAAAAAUCAGCCAUUGAAAACCCUAUGGAGCACAGUUCUACUCUGAAACACAUGGGGAUGCCAGGAGUCGGAGUUGACAGCAGCUGGUAAUGUUUAAAGGAGGCUGAUGGAAGGAUUUGGAAAUCCCAGGAGAGGGGGGAGUGUCCUCUCCUAGAGCAGUGGGACAGUCUCUAAGUCCAAGCCAUCAGCCGUUUGUCAUGGUACCAUCUCCGUGCACCCCUGGGGGCUGGCUGGAGGAUGGCAAGGAUUUCUCUCUCUUUGACGCCAGAAAAUGAAACUGAAGUUCCUUCCAAGACUGUUGGACAACGUUCCCUUUCCCUGUUAGCUGCCUGCCUGUCUGCUGGGCCCAGGUUGUGCCCCAGGAGGGCCUUUGGGCUCUGAUCACAGCCCCAUCCCCACCUAGCUGCGGUUUCUGUCUUCCUCAGGACUUGUCCACGGAGCAACAAGGAGUCCUCACCUAGCCAAUGGCUGCUCUGGCCACACCUCCAGUCUCACCUGCAGAGGGGACACGGCUAGGCUUUGCUCUUCCAGAGGCUGGUAUCCAGUGGCACGACCAAGAGGAGGGCGCUCAGAGUGAGGAGCUGACUCCCCAGCAGGAAGCGCCGGAAGAGACAGAGUCCUGGGGCACCCAGGGAGAACCACAGGACCAGCUACCUGCCAGGCCCUGCAACAGGGGUCAGAGUGCAGGGAGGCCGGCAGGGCCGCUACGAAAGACUGCUGCAUGGCAGACCUACGCCGGGGAGGAGUGGAGCUGCCGAUAUGGGCCCAGAAGCAAAGGCAGUCCCGCAUCGCACCUGGGGAACCCCCAGAAAGACACUGCAGGUGGGGCCCUCGAUGAGUGUGGCCCUACUAUGUAUGACCCGGAACUGGGGGGUCCCGCAGCACGCGGCAGGUCUCAGGAGCCAGCUCUGGAGGUCCAGAGCCCCGAGGAGUGCAGAAAGGCCUCCCCUCGUCGGGCCGCUGCGCUCAGGCACCCGCGGGCGCCCGGUGAGGAGAAGCCUCACAAGUGCCGGGACUGCGGGAAGGCCUUUGGCCGCAGGUCGGACGCCCUGAAGCACCAGCGCAUCCACACGGGCGAGAAGCCGUAUGCGUGCGGUGAGUGCGGACGGGCCUUCGUGCACAGCUCGCACUUCACGCAGCACCUGCGCGCCCACCGCGGCGAGAAGCCCUUCACCUGUCCAGAGUGCGGUCAGGCCUUCAGCCAGAGCUCCAACCUGGCGCAGCACCGGCGCGUGCACAGCGGCGAGCGGCCCUACGCCUGUGCCGAGUGCGGCCGCGCCUUCAGCCGCAGCUCCUUCCUCCGUGAGCACCGGCGCAUCCACACCGGGGAGAAGCCCUACGAGUGCGGCAUCUGCGGCCGCACCUUCCGCGCGCUCUCGGGCUUUUUCCGCCACCAGCGCGUGCACACGGGCGAGAAGCCCUUCCGCUGCACCGAGUGCGGCAGGGCCUUUGGCCUGAGCUCGCACCUGAUCCAGCACCAGCAGGUGCACAGCCCAGAAGGGCGGCCGUAUCCGUGCGGCAGCUGCGGCCGGAGCUUCGCGUGCCGCUCGGACGCGGCAAAGCACCAGAGCAUCCACCGCGGCCAGAAGCCGUACGCCUGCAGCGACUGCGGGAAGGCUUUCAUCCACAGCUCGCACGUCGUCCGGCACCAGCGGAUCCACAACGGGGAGCGGCCCUACGCCUGCAAGGAGUGUGGGAAGACCUUCGGCCAGAGCUUCAACCUCGUGCGCCACCAGAGGGUCCACACGGGAGAGAAGCCGUACGAGUGCGCCGACUGCGGCAAGGCCUUCAGCCAGCGCUCGGACGCCGCCAAGCACCAGCGCAUCCACCGCGGGGAGCGCCUGUACGCGUGCCGCGAGUGUGGGAAGACCUUCGGCCACAGCUCCAACGUCGUCCGGCACCGGCGGACCCACCACGGGGAGAACCCCUACGAGUGCAAGGAGUGCGGCCGCGCCUUCAGCCAGAGCUCCAACCUGGCGCAGCACCAGCGCGUGCACAGCGGCGAGCGGCCCUACGCCUGUGCCGAGUGCGGCCGCGCCUUCAGCCGCAGCUCCUUCCUCCGCGAGCACCGGCGCAUCCACACCGGGGAGAAGCCCUACGAGUGCGGCGUCUGCGGCCGCACCUUCCGCGCGCUCUCGGGCUUCUUCCGCCACCAGCGCGUGCACACGGGCGAGAAGCCCUUCCGCUGCACCGAGUGCGGCAGGGCCUUUGGCCUGAGCUCGCACCUGAUCCAGCACCAGCGGGUGCACAGCCCCAAGGGGGCCCUAACGGGGUGAAUGCGGGGCGGGAGAAUGUGUCAACGUCAGUGCGGGGGUGGGAGCGACGCCCGUUAGGACGUUGCCACGCCUCGCGGGCUUCAUGUUCCCGUUCCACGUGAAGUCGUCCAGGGGGUUGAACAUCUUACCUAUGCGAAGGGCUCAGCAGGGGCGCCCCCAACACCGUGGACAGGGGCGGGCAGAGUGGAGGGGUCGGAGGGCAGCUUUGUGGGAGCCAGUGGAGGUCUCCCUGGAGGGAAGCAGGUCUUCUGACCAGUGGGGUGUCCGGGCCGGCUGUUCUGUGGGCUGCCCUUGGGUCGCACUGUCUCCUCUGCCACCCCACCCCAUUCCAGAUGCCCCUCCUGGAGAAGCCUAAUCCACUGUCGCCCCCUCCUCCGUAUCCUUGUCAGUUGCAGUCAGUUCCUUUCAUUUUCAUAGCACUCGUUAUUUUUAAUUUCAGAGAUACGGUGUACCCACAGUGGAAUGAAGACCUUACUGAUCCGUUUUCAGAGUUCUGACAAAUAAAACGUCCUGGUCUUUAUGACCACCACGCCGUCGAGAUGUAGAUGAUUUCCAUCCCCAGAAACUCCCUUACGCCCCUUUCAGGUCAUCCUUCCCCAGCCCAGAGGCACCCGCUGCCCUGGUUGCCCUCACUGUGAUCUGUUCUGUUUGCUCUAGAACUUUACAUAAGUAGGGCUGUAUAGUACAUGCACCUUUUAUGUCUGGCUGCCUUCUCUGCUUGAUGUGCUUGAAAUCCUUCCAUGUGUCAGUAGCAGGGUUUUUUUUGUUGUUCGCAAAAAAAAAAAAAAAACCUAAACCCAUUGCUGUCCAUUUGUCCCCAA